AUGAUAGGCGAACAGCCGCCGAGAUUAAUGAUUGAUGCCCAAAAGGCACUGCAUCAGACCAAUCAGUCCGCUCCAAGUGCUUUAGAAUCGAUGUCACAUGACCUUCAUGCACUGCGAGAUAUGAUGUUUGUUGUUUUUUGCGAAGACGCUGCUGGCUGGCUUGGACAAGGGAGAUGCUUCAUGGCCAUGGCCAAUGGUAGAUCAAGCUUAAAUGUUUGCUUUCCCUCCUUCAGCGGGAUUGGGGAUCCAGGACCGGGAUGCUCGACGCUGCGAAGUCACAGCUGGGCAACGAACCCGCUGGUGUGA